CACUAGGUUUUUGUUAUAAAGAAAGUAAACUAUAAAAAAAACAAUAAUUUUAGCCAAAAUUUACCAACAUGACGAUGCGACCAGAUGACCACCGAAGAAAAUGGGACAAAAACGAGUACCAAAAACUAGCCCAGGAGCGCUUGAUGAACCAAGCGCAGCCAAAAGAAGAAGAGCCUAUACAGCGAGAAAAUCUGAAGCGACGAGACUAUAAGGUUGACUUGGAUAGCAAAUUGGGCAAGAGUGUUGUGAUAAACAAAAAUACACCUACCUCGCAAUCCGGCGGCUACUAUUGCAAUGUGUGCGACUGUGUGGUUAAGGAUUCCAUCAACUUCCUGGAUCACAUUAAUGGAAAAAAACACCAGCGCAAUCUGGGCAUGUCCAUGAAAGUAGAGCGCAGCACCGUUGACCAGGUGAAGGAGCGCUUUCAGCAAAACAAAAAGAAAAUGGAGGAGAAAGUGAAGGAUUAUGAACUGGACAGAAAGGUGCGUGAGGCUAAAGAGGAGGAAGACCGGUACAAAGAGCACCGAAAGGAGAAAAGAAAAGACCGAAAGCGAAAGGCUGAGAAUCACGAUGACUUAAAUGGUGGCAUGCCCGACGACAUGGCUGCGAUAAUGGGAUUCUCUGGCUUUGGCGGCUCCAAGAAGAACUCAUAGACUUUUUGUCACUCUUUAGUAUUAAGUUUGAUAGAAAUAGAUUUUAACCAACGAACCCGUUUACUGGGGGCUAAUCGCUGUGAUUGGUUUGUGACAUUUAUUUCAUCAUAUGUAUGUAAUGUAUGUAUGCAUGUAUAUAUGUAUAAGACAAUUUUACACCAGUUAUUGUAUUGUACAACAGCUUGCCCGAGUAAUAAUUUAAUAGCAGUAAAAAUGCAAAAUGA